UCAGAAUGUCGCUGAAGCGACUCGUCGACGUUGGAACUGUGGCCCAGUUGCUCAAAAAGAAUAUCAUCAAUAAGGAAGGCGUCCGUAUCCUAGACUGCGCUUACGAUUCAGCGCAAAUCAAAAAGAAACCUGAUUGGAAACACUACAAAAAGGAGCUGUAUGGAGAUUUCGAGAGGAUUCUUGCAAGGCCAUGCCCUUCGAAGGAAAUGUACCUUUCCGGCCAUAUCCCAUUAGCACCACAUUUUUGUAUAGAUGCAGCAUUCUAUCCGUCCGAGCAUGUGCGAUAUGAUAUUUAUCCUCCUGAAAUAUUCCAGAAGUAUAUGCAGUUAAUAGGCAUCAACUCCGAUGAACACUUGAUCUUAUACUCCCACUCAAGGUUUGGAGGAAUGAUUUAUGCGAUGAAAGUCGCUUGGCUCCUUAAGAGUUAUGGACACGAUAAAGUGUCAGUAAUCGAUGGCGGAUUGCCAGAGUGGAAAAAGAAAGGAUAUGAGAUCAGCAAGGAGGACGUAAAGUUGGAGCCUGGAACAUGGACCGCAAGUGACUGCAUCUCCACAUACAAUAUCAACUACGACGAACUCGAAGGAGCUCAUGGCGAUAAGCCGUACAUCGAGUACAUCGACGAUCUCAAUCUUUUGGAUUCGCGAGUGCGCGGUCAAUACGAAGGGACAGCUUCGGGGGACUUCCCACCAAGUGUGAUUGGAACUUUCAUUCCUGGGUUCAAAAACUUGCCUGCUGCUGAGUUGGUGGAUGGUGAUCACUUAAGGAACCCUGAUAAUCUCAGAGAUUGGUUAGUCCAACAUGGCUUCAAACCUGAGAAGCCGAGUGUGGUAAUGUGCAAUGCUGGAGUCCAGGCUUGCAUGCUCGCGUACGCAAUUCAUAGCGUGUUCCCAAAUAGUCCAAUCCAAGUGUACAAUGGCUCGAUGGGAGAAAUGAAAGUCCGUAAUCCGAAGAGAAUUUCGGCUCUCAUGGAGAACGUUUGAUUGUGACUGUUCGUAUUGAAAGUGCACUUUAUAAGUUCUGUUUCUUAUGCUCUAUUUAUUACUGAAAUAAAGCUUUGCUUUCAAA